CCAAUUCCAUUGGAAUUACGAGAAAUUCUUCUCACUUGCCUAGCUUUAAAAGUUGCGAUGACGCUUAUCCAGUCACGAUUAAUACAUUCACCUAAAAUCCAAAAUCCUGUUAUCCUUGGGUUAUCCGCAUCAUUCGUCAAACCAACUCCAUUGGAUUUACGAAAACGUCAAGAACCUUCUUUCGAUAACUUAAAAAUAUGCGACGGAGACUACGCAAUAAAUCUUACUAUAUUGGGGUUAUCUCCAAAUCCUCUUGUUGCGGGUCAAAAUUUAACCGUUUACAUGGUUGGUGAAACGGAUGAAGUUAUUGAAAAAGGUGCAAUGAUGAGAAUUUAUCAUGAUCCUAAAGGAAAUUUCGAGCAUGAAUUUGAAUUUUGUGAAUUAUUUGUCGAACCAAGCGGGUUCGUUUGCCCAUUUGAAAAAGGAAAUUUCGACUUUGCUGCAACCUUGCCUAUAGAGAAAGAUGAUUCUAAUGAACCAAAGAAUAUUGUAACUCCAAUUUAUACGAGAGUCACCAUUUCGAAUCCAGAUGAGAAAAUUCUGCUAUGCUUCGAGGGAAUACUCAAG